ACUGCCACUUUCUCUCCUUCACGCCUAUGGCAAUUUUCAGCCUAUGGGUCAUUAACAAAGCUGGUGGCCUGGUCUACCAGCGCAAUUUCGCAGAUGGCCUCGCUCAGCUCACCUCAAACGAGUACUUAGUCCUCGCUGGCACUCUGCAUGGCAUUCACGCUAUUACAAGUCGCUUGUCUCCCACUGGUUCGAGCUCAGGUGCACAGGUCAUCGAAGCGGAGUCGUUUAAGAUGACCAUCUUGUUGACCGCGACAGGAACGAAAUUCGUCCUCCUCACAUCCUUGGCAGAGACAACAGCGGAAUCGGUUCUCCAGAGAGUGUACGAGGCCUACGCAGACGCUGUCAUGAAGAACCCAUUUCACACUCCGGAGAUGCCAGUUCGCAGCGAGGGGUUUGACACACGGAUUACGAGUCUUAUUGGCACGGGACAAACAUAAUAUUCAAACUUCAUACCGAAUGUUAGUUCUUUGUUUUCGACAAGGCCAAGAAAGUUGCGAGUCUGAUAGUUUGAUAUAGCAUCGUCUUUGAUUGAUGAAACAUUUUUAGCACUGUCGAAUCACUAAUCUUGAGUGUUCCCAACCAUGCAGCUUCAUCAUUGACAUAUUAUCCUCUACCAUUCACGACUGUCGAUAAUACUGCUACUAAGUGAUCGAUCUCUGC